GUUCAUAAUCGUGAUAUAUAUAUCAACGCAAAACCACCACAACCAUCAUUGUCCUGCCUCCUGAGUUUGCGUAUCCUAAUUUGAAGAUGGUCCUUAAUAUUUCCAAAGGCUGGGCUUCGUGGCGAAAAGAGCAACGCGUGAAAGCGGUCUGCAAUAGUGAGGACAAGCUCUACAAUAAAAAGAGAACCGAACUUAAAACUCGCGAAGAAGUCGUUAGAAGACAGCGGAAGCGCAUGGCAGAGGAUCGCCGUCGUGAGCGCGAAGAACAGAGGUAGAAAAUCGACAGUUUCAGCUCAAUCGUUGUGACUAGACUCGGCACAAGAGCCCAAUAUCGCUCGUAAUUAGAUACAGAGGGUAGACACAACCAGAGCCAGAGGGCGCUCAAGCAGACUGGAUUUAUAUGUGUUUGUAACAUAAGUACAGUUUGGCUCAUGCUUUGAUUUUCAGGCAGCUGCAUUUGCGACCAUUCAAUAAAUAAAACGAAGGACUGUCAAAUACUACAUUUGGUACUGAU